AUGCGUGGAGCUUCACUAAUGUGCGACUUGGCUCAUGAAAGCCUCAGGAAGUUCACCCCAGUGGAGGCUAACUAUGAUGUGGAGAACUGGGAGCUGCUCUCGAUCAAAGUGUCACUGAAGGAGUGGCGCCACUGGCUGGAGGGGGCCUGGUUCGCUGUUUCAGGAUCAUGUUCCAGGGUGUCCUCAGUGAAAUUGUCCUACAGCUGCUUGUUCCCUGAGGUCAGGAAAGUGUACUGUUCUGCUGAUGGAGACAACCUCCACUUCAGCUGGACCUAUGAUUCAAUCACUCGGUUUGAGGACAACAACAAAACUCUCGUACUGGAUAAAAUACAUAAUGAAAAAGUCACCUGUCAUGUAAAAAAUCACGUCAGUCGUGAUGACAAUUCCACUGAACUCCAUAAAUGUACUGAUCUCACUCUCCCUAUCCUGAGCUCGGUUUGUGUGAUUCUCAUUACACUAGCUGUCUUAGCAUUCUGCAUCUACAAGAAGAGACAAGGCCUAAGGACAAAAGCCCUUUCUCAGGACAACAAGGAGCUUGUGUAUGCAGUGGUCACCCAUAUGGUCAUGAACAGGGCAGAGACAAGACCCAGUACAUUGCAGUACGAGGGUGUGGAGUACGGCACAGUGGUCACUUCCAACCAGAAGAAGAAAGAGGACGAGGUGCAGUACGGAGAGCUGGUGUUUAACACUUCUGCAUAAAAGAAGAGCAAAGUGUCCAAAGUACAGGAAGAGUGUGUGUACUCAGGGGUCCAGCACAGUCAGUGAGUGACACAAUCUCAGUCUGUUUCAGGAUGAAGCAUUAACAUAGAUUUUUAUGUUUAUUUUUUUGUACAUAGCUUUGUUGCUCUGAUCAUCCUGGUAGAGGAAGUUGAUGACAUUCCACCCAUACAAACUAAACUCCACUUACAGUGAAACUAUCUAUCCUUUGCAAUUGUUGAGAGAAGCUGAAAGAAGAAGAAGAAGUGCUGAUUUUUUUCAUGCUAGUUGGUAUACUGGCUAUGCUAAAUUCCCCUGUGUGUGUGUGUGUGUGAGGCAUUGCAGAGGACCGUUAUAGACUCCAAAUCAUUGACCACCAGCAGGUUUUUUUUUGCUAUUUAAAUUUAAAUGCAUCAGUUGCCAUUUUAAGUCUGUAGAUUUUUCCACAAUGAAACAGUGUUCAUAGUUAGUUAUUUAUUUUAAUGAAAAACACUCAUCACUGAUUCUGUACUCACAGCACAAAAAGAUAUCUUAACAAAUAUCUUUAUUCUUGUUGAGAAAGAAAAGCUUAUAUAUAAGUUUUGCUUUUGUUUUUUCUUGUUUUCUCUUCCUACCUGUGAACACACUUGUGCCAUCACCAUGGUCCUUAAUCAUAAGUAUGGUUUUUGGGACUCGAUUAAAAUUUGUUUCAUGAUGACAAAAUAAAAAGGAAGUUUCUUGUUGCAGUUUUAAGAGUUGAACCCACAAAGCUGCAGCUUCCUAAGCAGAUCAGACGAGUUGCUCAAUUUUUUUAAAACCAACAUUUCUGAACUCUAUUUCAUAAAAGAGCUGUACAUAAGAAGUGUCCAUUUGUAUUAAAAAAUGUUAUGCGAGUGAAAUAAAUGAUCAAAAUGUCUAAUAUUGUCCAGCUGUAAAUAGAUUUUCAGUUUAUAUGGUGGCUAAAACUUUCAGUGGUUUUGAUUUAAAAUAUCUGUCACUUAAAAUAUCUGUGUUAUGCAGCUGUGGGACAACCACUGCAUCUGCAAAUGCCCUGGGAGGAUGGGUUUGAUCUAAAGCUCAAUAGUUUAAUUUUAAGAUAUAGAAAAACCCAAAGUUCCCUGCCAACACCACGCCUCCCAAGAUGGCAGUUUGUUCAUGAUGAUAAAACUAUGAUACUAACCAGUGCAGAGAGGAGCGACUCUGGAACAUACACUUUAAACACCUUUGAUGUAGAUGGGAGAAGUAAAGGCAGUUAUACUCUCCAGGUGAACAUUGAAGGUAGGACCACACAACCUCUAAUCACAUCACACUACAAGUUACACUACUCACAAAAAGUUAAGGAUAUUUGGCUUUUGGGUGAAAUUUAUGGAAAAUGUGCAAUGGUGAUUUCCUCAACUCAAACAAUUUAUUGAAACAAAAGCCAACAACAGUGGUGGGUAUACCACAACAAAAAAUGUCAAUGUCUCAAUAAUUUGCCUUUGACCAUCAAUUACAGCUUGACAACGACAUCUCAUGCUGUUCACGAGUCGACUUAUUGUCUGCUGAGGCAUGGCAUUCCAUCUUCUUGAAGGGCGGCCCUCAGGUUACUGAGGUUCUGAAGUGUAGGGUUACGAGCCUCUACACGGUGACUCAGCUGAUCCCAUAGGUUUUCUAUGGGAUUCAGGUCUGGAGAAAGUGCAGGCUACUCCAUUUGAGGUACCCCAGCCUCCAGCAGCCGUUCCCUAAUGAUGCGACCUCGAUGAGCUGGAGCAUUGUCCAUGAAGAUGAAAUUAGGCCUGUGUUGUUCAUGCAGGGGCACAAUGACUGGAUUAAUGAUGUUAUUCAGGUAGUAUUCGCUUGUCAUUGUACCAUUCACAAGAUGUAGGGCAGUUCUGUAUUGAGUAGACACACCUGCCCAGACUGUAACACCACCACAACAGUGGCUGAUGCAUAGCUCUCUCCUUGAUAUCUCCAACAUCACUGGUGGCCAUCAUUUCUGCUCAGUGUGAAUUGACUUUCAUCAGAGAACAGCACUGAGGCCCACUGGUCCCUCGUCCAGCGUAAAUGCUCUCUGGCCCAUGCAAGACAAUGACGCCUGUGCCUGGUGGUGUGGUCAGGUACCCUUGCAGGUUGUCUAGCAUGCAGACCACGCUGAUGUAAACAGUUUUGAAUGGUCUGACGUGACACUUGGGUGCCUCUCACCUCCCUUAAAUGUGCCUGGAGUUGAGUGGCAUUCAUCAUCCGGUUCUGCAGGGCACUGUUCACAAUGAAGCGGUCAUCAACGUGGGAUGUGACCAAAGGACGUCCACUUCUAUGCCUUUCUGUGACUCUUCCAGUCUCUCUGUAUCUCUCUCGCAACCUGCUGAUGACACUCUGUGACACUCUAAGCUCAGUGGCCACUUCCCUCUGAGAACAUCCUGUUUGAAGCCUCGCAAUGGCGAGGUACUGUUGAUCAAUUGUUAGGUGUGGUCUUGGUCUCAUGAUGUCAAAAUGUGAACAGCAUGAUGAAGAGGACUGUUUAAAUACCAAUUCUAACUGAACCAGAAAAUUUAUUGGUUGAUUCAUGGAUCAAACACCAGUUGUGAAUUUUGCCGUUAAGCACCUUGUUAGAGAACAGCAAGUUAUGCAAAAAGUACUGAAACACUGAACAGUUGGACAUGUGCAUUCAAAAGUGUAGAGAAGGUCAAAUUAAGUUCACUUGUAAAGGUUAUAGUGCAUUUUAGGUGCAUCCUGAAAUUUCACCUGAAAGCCGAAUAUCCUUAACUUUUUGUGAGUAGUGUAUUUUAUAAAUUUUUGAAGAUUUAACAAUCAUACAAACUACAGGUUCUAUCAGGUUAUCUUUUUUAAUCUUUUUUUUAUCUUUUUUAAAAUGCAGAAAUAUACAUAUUUAUCGGAACAACAAUAUAUAUUAUAUAUUGGUGGAGAUCCUUCAGAACUUCUAGGUUUUUGAUAAUGUGGUGGGUGUGAGGGACAAAAAAAAAGUUUUUUGUGUUAAACACUUUUGAGAUUUGAUAACAAUUAUUUGACAUGAUUAAAAUUAUCAUUUCUUCCUCUAUUGCUUUGCCUUUAGAUUAGACAAUCUGAAGUAAACAUACUGUAGAAAAUGUAAAGCUGAGGAUUUUAAUUAGAAAAUCUAUAGUAAGUCAUGUUAAUAUAUAAAGUACUGA